ACCUGUAUGGUGAUCAGACCAGGGGAGGAGAGACACCUGGUCCAACAAGGUGAUGGACGGUUGAAAGGACGAAUCACCAAGACGAACAAGACGAGCUGAACAAUGGAGACGAGCCGCCACAGAAGCCUGAAAGCAAAGUCCAGGAAUUGUGAGUGAGUCACAUCCUCUCAUGUCCUGACCUUGUGAGAAAGUGGGCAGUCAGAAGUCUGCAGUUCACUCAGCUUCCAGGAAUCCACUGUGGGAUUCCCCCCCUCCUCCUCCUCCUCUCCCUCUCCACCUCCCCCUUUUCCUCCCACUCGUCUGCCAUGUUGUUUAACUCGGGGGGCCCACAGACUGCUCGUCUCACAUACCUCCAGGCUGCUCUGCUGAUUGGACGGGGAGGGUUGAGAGCUCGUACCUGCCAGGUGGAGGUGGAUUCUGCGUCAUUACUGGCCGACGGGAGUUAAAUGGGAGUGGUGGGACUCCUCCUACUUCCCUGUCUACUCAAAAGCACCAGUGGCAGCAGCUGAGGAGGUCAAAGAGAAAGAAAUACACAAGCAGCGGACGUCUGAAUCACACACACAGGGAGUGGAAACAGCUGGGAAAGCCACAGAGUUACGACGUGUGUUCCUUACAAAGUCGCCCCGACGAGACAGAUUGAUCGCUCAGACGUGCAACAAAGAUGGCCUCCGUCGCUCCGUUCAGCCGCAGGCAGUGGGCGUCCCAGUCGCUGAGGGUCACCGCCAAAGAGAUGUCCAUCGUCUCUACCCGGGCUAAAAACACCGCCAUCGCAGAGCGCUUCUCCAAGUACCAGAUGGCAGCAGAGGAAGGCAGUGCAGAGAAGAAGAAACUGGUUACAGAACCUUUACCUUCCUCAGUGCGAAGCGGGAAUCUGAGUGUUUUAAAGAAACGCUGGGAACAACAACAACAAGAGCAGCCGUCCAGCCACAGAGUCCAACCUCAGACCCACAUCAGUCAAUCAACAGGCCCAAAACCUGCACCAGCGUCACAGAUCCAGAACCAGUCCUCUCUGAAAACCACCACAAUCACCCAGGACGAGGACACAGAGACCAGUGAGACCGACUCCAGCCAGCCACCGGAGGAUCUGACUGACAUGGAGCCCAGCAGAGACUCAGAGGGACGCGAGGCGGCAGCAGCUGAAGUACCCGAGGCGGAGAAGCCCAGCGUUCCUCUCACCAGCCUGAAGAUGAUGUUUGAGAGAGGAGAGGCCGACAAGGUUUCCAGGGAGCCAACAAGUCGAGGAAGCAGCGGGAAUACAGCCAACAUGGACCAGCUACUAGGAGAUGGAAGUCUUGCAGAGUCCACUCCUCUCCGGGACAGGAUGGCCCUCUACCAAGCCGCCAUCUCCAAACAGGAAGUCUCUCCCACCUCAGUCAGUAAUGAUCAGAUGGACGGUUUCUGUGGGAAGCAGAAGGAGAACGUUCCUCCGUGCUCUCUAGACAUGAGUCCAGAGUCUGAACCAAACAGCAGGAAGGUUUUUACCCCGGAGACAAACGGCUCGGCUACCGGCACCCCCGUGUCCUCCUCGUCUCAGCUCAAGACUUCCAAAAGCUUCCGCCUGCCGGUGAGGGAGACCUGUGUGUCGUGUCUGAAGACGGUUUAUCCUCUGGAGAGGCUGGUGGCCAAUCAGCACGUCUACCACAGCGCCUGCUUCCGCUGCUCGCACUGCAACACCAAACUGAGUUUGGCGAACUACGCCUCGCUGCACAACAACGUCUACUGCAAGCCGCACUUCUGCCAGCUCUUCAAGGCCAAGGGCAACUACGACGAGGGCUUCGGCCACCGGCCCCACAAAGAGCUGUGGGAGAGCAAAGAGGGCGGCGACGCCUCGCCUCAGUCCAACGCUCAGACCCAGCCAAAGAUCCAGAGCCCGGCCCCGGCCUUAGACCUGGACAGCCCCAGUGUGGAGGACUCCCCGCUGGCUAAGGUCAACGUGCUGACAGCCACUAUGGAGGCUCUGGGACAGGGAUCGUCAGAGAAGUCCGACAGACCCACUGAGACCCGCAGGCUGAAGAUCUCCUGGCCGCCACGAACAGAGCAGGAGGACACGCCGAGCCGCGGAGGAGCCACGAUAACCACGGACGGAGGCUCCGCCAGCAAGCCCCUCCGACCCAAGUGGCCCCCAGAGGAGGACGCCACCACCCCUGAAGCUGCCAGAGAGACGCCCUGCCUGCGCCGCACCUCCUCCCUGAAGGAGCGCAGCAUGCCCUUCACACUGGCAGGACAAGCCGGCGACACUCCUGCCGCCGAGGCCAGAGGACAGAGUCCACCUCCUCCUGCGGACGACGGACAGCUCAGUCCUGAAUCCUCCAGCAUGGAGCUGCAGCACGACGGCCAGUCGUCAGACAGCCAGACGCCCACUGAAGACAGCUGUGUGGACGUUCACACCAGCUCAGGAGAGGAGGAGCACGAGAACAUGCCGGAGCAUCAUCUCAAAGAGGACGUCAGCACUCCUGACGAACAGCCUGAAGAGGAGAAGAUGGAGGAGGAGGAGGAGGAUGGAGGCGUGUUGGAGGAGGAGAUGCCGUCUCUGAAACGUCCGGACUCGCCAACAGACAUCUCGUCUCCUGACGGAGGGGUGGAGGCCAGCCGGUCAUCUCAGGAUGUCGGCUUCUGGGACAGCGAGGAGGUGGAUGACAAGGAGGAGGAGCAGCCUCAGCAGCAGGAGCAGCAGCAGCAGCAGCAGGAGGAGGAGGAGGAGGCGCUGUCUGUGGAGGAAAUGAUCAAACGAAACCGAUACUACGAGGACGAAGAGGAGGAAGACGACGUAUAAACUGAUCGAUCCGCUCGAGGCCAACAAGAUGACGCCAUGGACACUUUAGAAGACUUCUCGCCAUUCCUCCUUCAUUUUUAGACGUUUUCUGCUGCAGUUUCUAGUGUGAACUCUACUGAACUCUUAUUCGUGCCUCUCUUAACACUUUGAAACCUUUACAGCCAUUCCUACCAGAAAGUUUCGACUCCGAGCCUGUUUGGGAGAACGUGUCGUGCUCUGACACGGUUUGUUGUUUUUUUUUUUUUUAAAUGUACAAUAUUUAAAAUUACGCCCAUGUAAGGAAUAUUUUAUAGAACAGAAAUGUGCGAAAGCUGUGACACAAAGACGACGAGUUUUAUUUUUGUGUAUGAGACUUUCUGUUUUCAUUGAAUCUGGCUUGAAACUGCUGUUGUGAGUGUAAAUGACAUGGUCUUAUUUUAUAAAGAUGUGGGUUAUUAUCACAGCCGACGUAGCUCUGGUCAACUCAACGACCUCUUUUUAACAAAGUCACAUUUAUUGGAAAGCUCAAAGAAGAAACGGCACUUUGAUCUGUUUUUCAAAAUAAUCGGGGUUUGGUUGUUUUUUUUUUGUGACUAUUUCUGUCAUUUCUCUUUUUCAGCUGCUGUUCUGUCUGUACAUGCUCAAGUUUAAAAAAAGAAGAAAAAAAAAGAAACAAGAAAUCCAUCACACUUUGUUUUAUAUGAGAACUGGAUCUGAAACUGUUGUACUGUUUUUAAACCAGGGGACCAAAUAUCCUAGAUUGCUACUGUUGAAAUAAAUUGUUAUAUACAAAA